CCCAUUUAGGUGCGGGACAGCCGGGUCCUCCGGCGAAAAGUUUCCCCCGCGGUUUGGUGCGGAGGAUGCAAAAUGUCCGGGUUCAGCCCCGAGCUCAUCGAGUAUCUGGAGGGGAAAAUCUCCUUCGAGGAGUUUGAGAGGCGCCGGGAGGAGCGGAAAAGCCGCGAGAAGAAGGAUGGAGAAAAUGCGCUCACGGAGGAAAGUGUCGAUGAUCCAGAUGGUCCGUCUACUUCUGGGCAAGGGUCGAAUGUUGCAACUGAGGGUCACAGUGAAGUCGAAGAGGAGACAUCAGAUGGGGUCAGUAAAUCGGUUCAUCGAGUUUUUGCUUCCAUGAUGGGGGAAAAUGAAGAGGAGGAAGAGGAAGAAGAGGAGGAGGAUGAAGAAACUUCUGAACCACCUACAGCAGGAGACGUUUUUGCCCUGGAGAUGGUGCUUAAUAGAGAAACUAAGAAAAUGAUGAAGGAAAAAAGGCCCCGCAGCAAACUGCCCCGAGCUUUGAGGGGCCUCAUGGGAGAAGCCAACAUUAGGUUUGCUCGAGGAGAACACGGAGAGGCCAUUCUGAUGUGCAUGGAGAUCAUCAGGCAAGCUCCUCUUGCGUACGAGCCAUUCUCAACGCUCGCCAUGAUUUACGAAGAUCAAGGAGACAUGGAGAAAUCUUUGCAGUUUGAACUGAUCGCUGCUCACUUAAACCCCAGCGACACAGAGGAGUGGGUGCGGCUAGCGGAAAUGUCACUGGAACAGGACAAUAUUAAGCAGGCCAUUUUCUGCUACGCAAAAGCCCUGAAAUACGACCCUACCAACGUGCGCUACCUGUGGGAGAGGUCAAGCCUGUAUGAGCAGCUGGGGGAACAUAAGCUGGCCAUGGAUGGCUACAGGCGCAUUUUGAAUCUUCUGACCCCUUUUGAUGGUGACCGCUUUAUGCAUUUGGCAAGGGAUAUGGCAAAGAGUUACUAUGAGGCCAAUGAUAUCGCAGCUGCAAUUGAGAUCAUGGAGGAAGCUUUCAGCAAACACCAAAACCUUGUGUCUGUGGAGGAUGUUAAUAUAGCUGCCGAACUGUAUAUUUCUAACAAGCAGUAUGACAAAGCAUUGGCGGUUAUUACAGACUUCUCAGGGAUUGUGCUUGAGAAGAAAGAGGAAGAAAGUGAGUCACCUGUAGAGAAUAAAGAUCCAGAGGAAAUGGAGCAGGGGCAAGGAUCAGCAACCGACCCCCAAGACUCUGCACGUAAAACCAAUUCUGCUUCUUCAGAAAAGGUUACCUGUUCUAUUCCGGAGGGAGUUCCCAUUGAUAUUACAGUGAAGCUGAUGGUUUGCUUGGUGCAUUUGAACAUCUUGGAGCCUCUCAACCUUCUACUGACCACUCUUGUGGAACAAAACCCUGAGGACAUGGGAGACUUGUACCUUGAUGUGGCAGAAGCGUUCCUUGAUGUUGGGGAAUACAAUUCCGCCCUCCCGCUCUUGAGUUCCCUGGUGUGCUCGGAAAGAUACAACCUAGCGGUUGUCUGGCUCCGCCAUGCAGAGUGCUUAAAGGCGUUGGGCUACAUCGAUCACGCGGCAGAGAGCUAUGCCAAAGUGGUGGACCUGGCCCCUCUGCACCUGGAUGCCCGGAUCUCACUUUCUACCCUUCAGCAGCAGUUGGGCCGGCCUGAGAAAGCCCUGGAGGCUCUUGAGCCCAUGUACGACCCAGACACGCUGGCGCAGGAUGCAAACGCCGCACAGCAGGAGUUGAAGUUGCUGCUCCACCGAUCCACGCUGUUGCACUCUCAGGGCAACGUGUUUGGCUACGUAGAUUCUCUGCUCACGAUGCUGGCGAUGCUGCUCAAGGUAGCGAUGAACCGAGCUCAGGUGUGUUUAAUAUCCAGUUCCAAGUCUGGAGAAAGGCACCUCUAUCUUAUUAAAGUAUCGAGGGAUAAAAUCUCAGACAGCAAUGACCAAGAAACGACCAACUGUGACGCUAAAGCGAUAUUUAUGGUGCUGACCAGCGUGCUGCCAAAGGACGACUGGUGGAACCUCCUUUUGAAGGCCAUCUACGCACUCUGCGACCUCUCUCGCUACAAGGAGGCAGAACUCCUUGUAGACUCUUCUCUGGAAUACUAUUCCUUCUAUGACGACCGGCAGAAGCGCAAAGAACUGGAGUACUUUGGCCUUUCGGCUGCGAUUCUGGACAAGAAUUUUAGAAAAGCGUACAAUUAUAUCAGGAUCAUGGUUAUGGAACAUGUCAACAAACCUCAGCUCUGGAAUAUCUUCAACCAGAUCACUAUGCACUCGCAAGAUGUCCGGCACCAUCGCUUCUGCCUGCGACUAAUGCUGAAAAACCCUGACAACCACGCGCUGUGUGUCUUAAACGGCCACAACGCUUUUGUGUCUGGCAGUUUCAAGCAUGCUCUUGGACAAUACGUACAAGCUUUCCGUACGAAUCCCGAGGAGCCGCUCUACUGCCUCUGCAUUGGGCUGACUUUCAUCCACAUGGCAUCUCAGAAGUAUGUGCUCAAGAGGCAUGCGCUCAUCGUUCAGGGCUUCUCCUUCCUCCACCGCUACCUCCAUCUCCGUGGUUCUUGCCAAGAAUCUUUGUACAAUUUAGGCCGUGCUCUUCACCAGCUGGGUUUGGUACAUCUGGCCAUUCACUACUACCAAAAGGCCCUGGAGAUCCCCCCACUGAUCUUGGAGGGAAUAGAGGCCGACCAGACGGACUUGCGAAGGGAUAUCGCCUUCAACUUAUCACUCAUCUAUCAGACCAGUGGAAAUCUUAGAAUGGCUCGGAAGCUGCUGUACACACAUGGGGCUGUGUGACAGAAUUGCGGGCAGUGAAAACUAAUGCAUGAGGAAUAAGGCCUCUUGCUUUAAGUGGAACAGGCACACAUAUCUGCGGAGUCGAGAAGAAGAGUCCAGAUUUGUGGAAUUUCAGCCCUCAGUGUUGUAAUAUAUAUUUGGAUUGUCAGGUAUUGAUACUUUUCCUCACUUGGCUGAGUGGCGACUUCAAGCAACCUGGCUUUACUUUUAUCCCCACUGGGAAGGACGCAAUGCGACUCUAAGAAGGCAUUUGAAAUGUGCAAUAUUUGCUGUUUUACAAAAAAAAAUGGCAUAAACAGCAUAAAAAACGGCAUAAACGUCAUUCUUGUUAAUAGGAUUCAGACUUUUUUCUAGCAAAUUUUUCCAAGGGUCCAAUUCUAACCAGCUUGUGAGCAUCAGAUUGUUUCGGGGCUGAACAUACUGGAGAAGAGCCGAUUAUCCUCUGACUUAUCCCUCCAUGGGUCUCUCACAGAGACGUUGUUUCUAGUGACUAGUAUUGGAGUAGAUGCAGCUAGUUUCAGCCUCGCCGAAAAGCAGCCAUCUAGUGGAGUAGGUCCAGGGUAAACUGAACAAAGCAGUUGGGGGUGGGUGUCUGUUGUUCUUGUUUCAUGAACAUAAAUGCCAUCUUUUGGAUUACUGGAUUGAGCCAUGGUGUGCCUUGUCUUAAUUUCACCUGCCUUUAUUGACAGUGUCAGCAUUUUCUCUUUUUAUCUGGAAGUUUACAGUCAGCAUUUUCUCUUUUUAUCUGGAAGUUUACAGUCAGCAUUUUCUCUUUUUAUCUGGAAGUUUACAGUCAGCAUUUUCUCUUUUUAUCUGGAAGUUUACAGUCAGAAAGGUGUCCCAACUGAAUCCACCCCAUUCUCCAUUAAAUUUCACGAACACGCCUGCAAUCAAAAUACUGCUCGGCUGGCUCGUGCUUUUGUUCGCCUGUCCAUGGAAAGAAGAAGAAGACGACUUGUUCCCUCACGGCCCUUGAUUGCCUGCAGACCCCAUUCUUCACAAGCGCUAGUUUUUUCCCACCAUUGGGAAUGCCAGAUUGUUCAAAAUGUCAUGGGCUGUGAGGAGGUUUAUCAGGGACAGUUAAACAGGCACGAAGGUGGUAGACUAGGGAUGGCCAUGCUGGCAGGGGCUGAUGGCAGUUGUAGUCCAUGAACAUCUGGAGCACCAUAGGUUGGCCACCCCUGUGGUAGACACUCAAGAUAAGGGAUUGCAAAACAGUGCACGGAAGGUUCAAGAAAAAACAUUUUUGUUGUAUGCACUGAUAAUGUUUGAAAUAGUUAAACUGUUAAACUGGCAAGCAGGCACCAAAGUAGUAGACUAGGGGUGGCCAACCGAUGGUGGCCAUGCUGGCAGGGGAUGAUGGGAAUUGUAGUCCAUGAACAUCUGGCGCACCAUAGGUUGGCCACCCCUGUGGUAGACACAGGGGUUGCAAAAAUGGAAGGUUCAAGAAAAAACAUCUUUGUUUCUUGUAUGCACUGGUAAGGCUUGAAAUAGUGCAGACAGGUGAGGAAGAAAAAUCUCGGGGUUGUUGGGAACAGUUUGUUGAAAAGACACAGCAGUGAUUUAAAGAGAUUUAAGAUUUUAAGAGUUUUAUGGGGGAGAUUCUCAAGAAAGGGACUGAGAAUAAACCUGCCAGGACAGUCGUGUUUUUCUGCAA